AUUGUCAGAAUUCAAAGUUUUUCUCAAUUCCACUGCAGGACUUGACAUUCUAAAUAAGCCUUACCUGUUAUGCACCCAUGGCUCUGGUGUUUUUAGUGCUUAGAAAUACAGGUUUCUCAUAAUCUUGAAUUCUUGAUUGUUCAUUCUAUCCCUGAGAUUUCUGGGAUUCAUUCUUUGGGAGUUCUGGACUCCAAAUCUUGGUUAUAUAUAGAAAGUUGAAUGGCAUGAUUUUCUUCAAAUUCAAAUCAGCUUUUCUUUUGCCUGGUAACAGUGGUGGAGUGGAUUCAAUUUCUUGAUUUUGUUAUAGCAUAUUCUUGAUAAUUUGCCCUUUGUAGAAAAAGGGCCUUUUUGUUUGUUCUACUUAGAACAUCUGAGUUGAUUUAAGGAGGUUGAGCCAAUAAAUGAAAAUGGAGGGGAGAGGAUUAUCAGAGUUGUAUAGAAAUACAAGUGAGGAAUUGUUCAUAAGAACUAUGAUGGAGAACUCGAUUGUGAUGCCUGCACCAACGAUUGACAUGUUGGGGUUUAGGAAUCUAUCUCAGUCGUUCAGAACAGAUAGCGAGGAACUGUUUAAAAGCUGGCUUACAUGUGGAGAGAAUAAUGGAAGUAGUCCUUCGAUGGCAGCUAACCGAACGAGACAAGCAUCUAGAAGGAUUUCUACUGAAAUACCUGGUCUCCCUAACCAGCAAGCUGGAACUCAGAAAAGAAAAGGCGAGGACGCUUUGCUCCCUCAAACAAAUUCCUCGGCUAAUGAACCUUCAAGCGGUCUUAACCAACAAUCUCUAAGGAACACAGCAGGAAAGGAAAUGCAAGCUGCUAACUUUUAUUUGGCUAAGGCAUGGUUCCAUAGUUCUCAACCUAUGACAAGGAGUCGGUCCUCCGAGUUAAGGAGGAGGUAUGUAGCGAUGCAGAACUCGCAAUUAGGUGUGGAAAGUGGUAUCGAGACCUUCAAACAAGAAUUUGGCAACACGAAUGGAUUCACUGACCUGCCAAGAUAUGAAAUGCCUAACCAACUAAGCAGUUUUGUGUCGCCCUCCAAUUCAUCUUCGUCUACUUUCGAGGCUCAAAACGUGGAUGCUGCAGAUAAGAUUUCUUCUGUAGUGAGCAUGCUGAAGGGCACCCUAGAGCGCAAAAAGUUGAGUGGCCAUUGCCAUACUACGAUAGAAGCCUUAGAGGAUAGCUCGAUAUAUGGGGCUCACGAGGUCUUGUGUAACUCGAGCUUGAAUCAUAUGCUAGGAGGCCACAUUUAUGAAAAGCAUGAGGCACUUGAAGAUGCGUUUUUUCAAGUAAAUGACACCGGAGUUUUUCAAGCAGCCGGGGGCUCGUUAGAUGCCAAGUUAGACGAUGUCAUGGCUCCCACGAGCCUCAUCCAAAUGGGCGCACCAUCACAAGAGCUAUCUCAAAGCGAAUCUUCAGUCGUUCCACUUGUAAUUUCAACGGGAUUCGACAUAUGUGAUGGCUCCAGCAACACAUAUCAGGCACAAAAUGGAAGGAGCACUGAAAACGGUUCAUCAACAAGAGAUAUCAGAGAACGCACAUAUGAGAACUCAAAAGAUAAUCAAAAGAAAGGAGGCUUAGUUAGAUAUGGAUCUCUAAAAUCAUCUCAGUCAGUGGAGAAUGGAGAUCCAACGAAGAAACGCAGGGUGGAGCGAUCAAGAAAAAUGGCAGAAGCAAAAGAGAGAAACUUGACUCCUGCAGUUCCUUCUGAUAUGCAAUCUGUGUUGAAGCGGUGCGAGAAUCUUGAGAAGGAAGUGCGUUCCCUGAAACUUAAUUUGGCGUUCAUGAAUAGAAAAGAUUCUGAACAAAUAAAGCAGAUUGAAGAGCUGCAGAAGCAGAACGAAGAUUUGUCCAAGGAAAAAGAGCGGCUUCUUGAAGAGAUCGAGAGGAUCAUUUCGGAAACGAGCAAUAUGUGACAAAAGUACAUACUCCCGAGCAUAUUUUCAGAAACGAGCAAUAUGUGUCAAAUAUCCCUUUACCUGCAGGUUUAUGUAACUUCAAUGGUGUUAACUUAGUCUUCUGUAUAACAACAAUAUAAGUUUCAUGAUUGUUAAUCCAAACAUUAUGAGAAAUGGGGAUUUUUGGUAUUA